AUUCCGUCUAGUUGGCUGCCUUGCCGCCUCAAUCGAAAGAAAUAUAGAUAAAUCAGGUGUACCCAUGAAAUUUAAUGGCUCCGAUGCAAAAUUGGAGGAGUUUGCUUGUCUUUCCACUUUAUAAAUACAAUUGAUUUGGUCUUCAUUUUCAUCCCGCUUCCCAACAUCCAGAAGGCGCGAGCUUCGAGACUGCGUUUCAUGGCGGCCCCGCCCAGGGUGCUCACGGUGGCGCAAGACGGCUGUGGGGAUUUCCGUACGGUUCAGGAAGCCAUAGACGCGGUUCCAUUCAGCAAUACUUGCCGGACUGUGAUCCGUGUGUCUCCUGGGAUUUACAGGCAGCCUCUCUAUGUGCCUAAGACCAAGAAUUUCAUCACCUUCGCGGGUUUGAACCCUGAGACUACCGUUCUCACUUGGGACAAUACCGCCACCAAAAUUAGCCACCACCAAGCUUCUCGUGUCAUUGGAACUGGGACUUUUGGUUGUGGGAGUACCAUUGUGGAAGGGGAGGAUUUCAUUGCUGAGAAUAUCACAUUUGAGAAUUCUUCCCCUCAGGGUUCUGGGCAAGCCGUGGCUAUCAGAGUUACAGCAGAUCGUUGUGCCUUUUACAAUUGCAGGUUUCUCGGCUGGCAGGAUACUCUGUACCUACAUUAUGGAAAACAGUACUUGAAGGAUUGCUAUAUCGAAGGAAGUGUGGACUUCAUAUUUGGCAACAGCACUGCUCUGUUGGAGCGUUGCCAUAUCCACUGCAAGUCGCAUGGCUUUAUUACUGCACAGAGCAGGAAAUCCUCUCAAGAGACCACAGGUUAUGUAUUCUUGAGGUGUGUGAUCACGGGCAGUGCCGGGUCUUCGUACGUUCAUCUCGGACGACCAUGGGGACCGUUUGCAAGGGUGGUCUUUGCUUACACAUAUAUGGAUGCAUGUAUCAAACCAGCAGGCUGGGACAACUGGGGAAAAACUGAAAACGAGAGAACUGCUUGUUUUUAUGAGUACAAGUGUUUCGGGCCAGGGAGUUGCCCGAUGAGCAGGGUGUGUUGGGCAAGAGAAUUAGUAGAUGAAGAAGCCGAUGAGUUCAUUCUGCAUCAAUUUAUCGAUCCCGACGUCGAGAGGCCUUGGCUAUGCCGGAGGAUGGCAUUGAGGAUACCCUUUUCUGCUUAAGAAUGGCCGAGUGUUACAAAGGUUUGGUAGUGUGUCUAAAUGUUGAACAUUUUUUGCUUGCUGGUCCGUUAGAAGAAGGAACAUUCAUAUCCUAUAUGGGUGGCAUAGGGCUUCUUGUAGCCUUUGAUUGUGAAUUUUGGGCAUGUAUUGACCACUUUCAUAUUACUCUCCUAUCUUUAUAUAAUUUUUUUUCAGACAUUAUAUUUUAA